ACUCUUCAUCGGUAUUUUCAUGACACACUUCUUUCGGUAACUUUCUUUUUGCCAAUUUGGAGUAUUAUUUUAAAAAUAUCUUAAGAAACGAGAAUGACUAAUUACAGUAAUUACAGUUAAACACAAUUUGUAAAAUAUUACUAAAUAUUGAUGAAAGUUUUUACAUACGCUAUUUGUACCAUUGACAAACUAGAUUUGUAGAUAUUACGUGAAUUAUUGACAACAUAUAACACCACGUAUCUACAAAAUCUUUUACAGAUCAUUCAUGUUUGUAUAAUUUACAGUUUUCGACAAGAAAUAACUAAUAAACGAAUGUUGAAUUUAAUAGUAAAUUAAGUAGUGAACCAUCUACUUGGAAAUCGGCCUUAAGAUUGCGUCUGUCCCUGGAAUGUUUGUGAUACACCGUAGAAUAAUAAAUAUCGCUUUUCGUAAAAUUUAUUUGUUUGACAUAAGGUUUACAUCAAAACUUUACAAGUUUGAUUUACAUUCAUUUGUUCAUAAAAUACAUUCAUGAAAUUUAUCAUUCUUUGACAAGCAAUUAAAAUUAUUUCGUUUGAUAUAAUAUUGUUUAUAAUAUUUGUUUGAUUAAUCAAGAUUGAAAUAAAUAUAUUUUUAUAUUGAAUAUUAUUGUGAAUGGAGCAAUUACGUAAAAGAACUCAUGUUGGAAGAAGUAAAGAAAAAAAUGAGGAUGAAAAUACUAAGGAUCAUAAAAAGAUUUUCAAAUCAUGGCAAAAGUUAACCUACGACGUAUUGUGUAUUAUUUUUAAAUAUUUAAAUGGUUUGGAUUUGUCUAAUGCGUCACAGGUUUGCAGAUCUUGGUUGGAAGUGGCGAAUAGUGAAAAAAGAACGAGAGGUCCGUCGUGCAUUAUAAAAAAUAAAAGAAAAUCGAGAUAUAUGGUUUUUACUUGGGAACGUUUAAAACAAGAAAUUAUAGAAUGUUCAACAGUUAAACCUAGUUUAACUGUUUUUUUUACCGUUGGAAGUGAAGAUCCACUUUCAGAAAGAUGCCAUUGUGAUAAUUUACCAUCUAAUUGUGACUCGAUAUCAUUGAACACCUAUGGCGUUGUAAUAAAUAAUACAGAAUCCGAAGAAGACAGUCACAACAUUGUAUCCAUGUUUUUUCCGGAAGUACCUAAUAUAAAAAUUUCAACGAUUACUUUUAAUGUGUACGAUUGGAAGAACUUGAAAGAAACAUAUUGCAAUCAGCUAAAAAAUGAAUUUGAGACUCCCUUCAAUAACGAUUGUCGUAAAACCAGUUGUCUGAUCUUAUUGUGCGAUUGGAGUGGUCGUUCUAUAGCACUAAGUCUAUUGAAAUCAUCCAAAAAUUGGUUACCAAACAAAAGAGCUUCUAUAUGGGGUGGGAUUGCUAAAAAUUUAUCAGUUUGUACUUCUGUAAAUAAUGCACGUGUAUGCAAAAACAGUGCGAAUUGCGUUGCCAUUAUAAUAAAUGGUAUACAAAUGCGAAUAUGUUCUAUACUUUUGGAUGCAAAUUGUAAUACUAAAGAAAGGGUUGAAGAUAAAUUAAGGACUUUUAAAGACAGUGUACAAUUGAAAAAACAUUCUAUAGGAUUCAUGUUCGCUUGUUGUGUACGUGGUACGAAUACAUUUAAGGAACGCAAUGUGGAAUCAACUAUAUUUAAAGGAUUUUUUCCAAGAGUGCCAUUAGUUGGAUGUUUUGGCGAUGGAGAGUUUGGAAAAAAACUUAUAAAUGAAACGUGUAGAAAAAAACGUAUUAAAUGGUAUAACUCUGAGUCUACAGCAUUUAUGAUACUCACAUAUAAUUGAAUAUAUAAUGGUAAUGGUGAUUGAUGUUAUUAUUAAGCAUAUAUAUAUAUAUAACCCUUGUCGAUAUUUGAACGAAAUGUACAUAGAGCAUUUUAAUAAUAAAAUAUGUGAAAAGAGGAAGAAACUAUAUCUAUAUAUAUAUAUAUAUAGAUUCAGAUUUUGAAGUAUCACAAAAAACGAAAUUUCUAAUACAUGAAUGGACAUCUAUUUCAUAGAUUAGGAAAAUUCAACUCUUAGUGAACAUAUGAUUUUGACAUUGUCAAGUAAAUUAGCUUUCAGUAUAUAUCUCAGCUUUCUCCAUUUAUAUCUCUUCGCAUUAAAUGAUUAUUUUACAUUCGUUACAAUCGAUGUACAUUAAGUAGAAUUAAUAAUUAUAAGAUAAUCUAUUUGUUUAAACAUUACGUAGCUCUCAACACAAGUUAAAUAUAACAUAACUUUAAUUAAUAUAAAUAAUUUAUACCUUAGAUUAUUUUAUAAUUAUUUAAACAAUAUAUAAUGUAUACGGAGUAUAAUAAAAUAAUAU